AUGUCAAUACCACUAGACGUUGUGGCCCUGGUGACAAUCUACUUCGUCACGUACCAACUUUCGUCUCGGAAGAUUGACCCGCAAGAGCCGCCUAUCAUCAGCCCCAAAAUCCCGGUAGUAGACCAUCUGUUAGGCAUGGCAAUAUUCGGAGGCCGUUUUAGCAAGAACACGGGCAUACGCAACAAGCACGCACCGGUAUUCACGCUACCGGUCCCCAGCUCACGCAUCUACAUUGUAACACAGAGAAUCCUCGGCUUUGACAACACAAUUGCCGAUGUUACUCGCCGGAGCCUCGACUCAGGCCCGGGUGGAGAAAGAGUAUUUCCGACUGAUAUCCUGGAGACGGUCUAUUCUUGGCUCGGACCUGGCGACUACCUGAGUGAGAUCAGUUUGGAUGCGGCCUGUGAGUUCAAAGCCGAGUUGCUGGUCUGGGUUCGACACUUGGUCACCGUCUCGACAGCGAAAUAUCUGUACGGACUACAGAACCCGAUUGCCUUGCAUCCCCACCUAGAGGAUGCAUUCUGGGAUUUUUACCAUGGCCUGGGGAUGCUUUUGAUUAACAUAUUUCCACGAGGCAUGACGCGGAAGGCAUACAAGGGCCAGGAGUUGCCAAUGGGCUCUAAGAUCAUUCAGGAGCGCAUCGCACUCGCACUUGCACUUGCACUUGCACUCAAGCAUGGCUGGACCCUGUGUGCAGCUCCACGGCCAAAAUUGUCGUUCCUCUCUGUUGGCAUCGUUAAUGCCUCGACUUUCUGGAUACUAUUGAGCAUUUAUAUUUUCAAGACGGAAUGUCCUAUGCUCGUCGCAGUGUACAGAGAAUGUCUCCGCCUCAACUCAGACAACAACUCAAUCCGUGUGGUCAAGGAACCCACCCUUCUCGCAGACCGGUACUUCCUGGCCAUCCACCCCGCCGCGUUCCGAGCCUCUGGGGGCGGGAAGACCCUAUGUCCGGGACGACACUAUGCGAUGAACGAGAUCUUGGCCCUAGUAGUUUUGGUUGUACUGCUGUUUGAUAUGGAAAGUCCGGAUGGAGGCGGGAUUGAGGUCCCGAAGAAGAAUAAUGCGGUAUUGCCAGUUCAUGUCUUGCAGUGAGUGAAGCCAGUAAUGAUGGUUAUCAAGCCAAGGCGUGGUUGGAGAGAGGGGAAGACAGUAAGGUCAUCAUAGGCAACGAGUGAACGUUGGUGUCGCGGCAGCGGAUUUGUUACUAGACAUAAAAUUGUGUGUACAGAGC